CUCCUCCUGACUGGCCUCUACUGGUCUCUCCUCUCGUCAUCGACAUCCACCCAGCCAUCCCACCACAUCCACCUCUCCAGGCGCCAUUUCCCCUAUGUGCAGUUACACACGAUGAUAAUUCCCUAUAGGCAAGUCUGAACGAUUUUCACCAACACGAUCAAAACUUGCGUCUGGUCACGCCCACAAUGUCCAAUUAACCCCCGUGGAAGUUCGGUGAAAAGGUUGGCUCCCUCCCCCCUCCUCAUCCCACUUCCCCCCCUUCAUUAUUACCCCAAAAAGAACCAUUCCCCUCUAGAGAAUAUCGUUCGAUAGGACACUCAACGUGAACAACUCCAAUACUCUACUACCCAAGUACACUCAUUCAUACAUACAUACCACUACCCCCCAAACCAAUAUCCAGUAUGGCUCCUCAUGCAGAUGGACUUGCUGGUAAGGGCCAGGCCGCUGCGAAGGUGACCGGUCAAUACCAUGCCACAUCCAGCGCCAGCGCCAUCGAAGCAGAGGCCAAGUACGCCGCACACAACUACCACCCGCUCCCCAUCGUCUUUGCCCGCGCCAGCGGCUCCGACGUCUGGGAUCCGGAGGGAAAGCACUACCUUGACUUCCUGUCCGCGUACAGCGCCGUGAACCAAGGCCACUGCCACCCCGAGCUGGUAAAGGCGCUCUGCGACCAAGCCCAGCGCCUGACCCUCACCUCGCGCGCCUUCUACAACGAUGUCUUCCCCAAAUGGGCGGAGAAGAUGAAGGACGUCUUCGGGUACGACAUGGUCCUCCCCGUCAACACCGGCGCGGAGGCCGUCGAGACCGCGCUCAAGAUCGCUCGCAAGUGGGGAUAUAAGUCCAAGGGCAUCCCCGAAAACAAAGCGCUCAUCUUCGCCGCCGCGGACAACUUCCACGGCCGCACCCUCGGCGCCAUCACCCUCUCCACCGACCCCGACUCCCGCACCAACUACGGCCCUUACGUCCCCAACAUCGGCGCCGUGAACCCCACAACCGGCAAGCAGAUCCGCUACAACAACGUCCAAGACAUCGAGGACGUGCUCGCCGCGCACGGCAAGGAGACGUGCGCCAUCCUCCUCGAGCCUAUCCAGGGCGAGGCCGGUGUCGUGGUCCCAGAUGACGAUUACCUAACCCGCGUGCACGCGCUGUGCAAACAGCACAACGUCCUCCUCAUCAUCGAUGAGAUCCAGACGGGUAUCGGACGCACGGGCCGCAUGCUGUGCAGCGAGUGGUCGAACAUCACGCCUGAUCUUGUGACGCUGGGUAAGGCGCUGUCGGGGGGUAUGUACCCCGUUGCCUGCGUGCUGGGACGGGCGGAGAUCAUGUUGACCGUCGAGCCUGGGACGCAUGGGUCGACGUACGGUGGAAACCCGUUGGGCUGCGCGGUGUCGAUGCGUGCGCUUGAGGUGAUGGAGGAGGAGGGGUUGACUGCGCGCGCGGAGAAGCUGGGUGAGGUGCUCAGGAAGGGGUUGAGGGAGAUUGAUUCGCCGAUGGUGAAGCUGGUUAGGGGACGAGGACUGCUGAAUGCGAUUAUCAUCGAUGAGGCGCAUACGGGUGGACACACGGCGUGGGAUCUGUGUAUGUUGAUGAAGAGUAAGGGACUGUUGGCGAAGCCGACGCAUGAGAAUAUCAUUCGGUUUGCGCCGCCGUUGGUGAUUUCCGAGGAGGAUAUGCAGAAGGCCUUGGGGAUUAUUAGAGAGGCUAUCGAGGAGCUGCCGACGCUGAAGGGGGAGAAGGAGGAUGAGGUUAUCCCGGCCGCGGAUAAGAAUGUCAAGAUCCACCUUGAUGAUUAGAUAUGUUCCCCCACACAUCCCCACCACCUACCUUGUCAGCGAGGAGUUUUGGAUUUCCGCGACGACGCCGACGAAUGUAUGCGGGGUCACUUGGAGGCUGAUACCAACCUGGCGGCUCGCACGUCUUUUAUGAGUUUUUUUAUUUUUUUGAAUAUUUGGUGAAGAAAAUCAUUAGUCUCACGAUCACGCGAUAGAAGUAGCAAAAAAAUAUCAAUAAAUGAGAAUUGAACGAU